UCCGUCAUGGGAUGCUGGCUUUUGCGAACUGUUCUACAUGUCCGGCUACUUGAUCCUGAUGGUAGGACUAAAAACUCUGCAUGCCUGGUCUACGGUACAAGAUACUGUGCAUGCCAGACAUGUCAGAGAAGAAAUCGCCUCCUAGAAAGGAGAAGCCACAGUAUGUGAAAACGCCACAAUCUGAAAGUAAGGGAAUGAAAAGAAAACUUAUUAUUACUGAAAGCGUGCAGGAAGAUGAUGAUAAGAGAAUUACACCAAAACGAAAACGAGGCUUGACCUUGGAUAGUUCUCCUGAACCCCCAGCCCCUCGAACCCCUGGAAGCAUCUCACGGAUGACUAUGCCUCUGUCGGAGCGUCAACAGAUGGCUCUGUUGAUGAGGAUGACCGAUGACAACUCUCAAGGAGAUGCAUCACCAAAGGCUCUUUCUUCGCCCCCACCCAUGUCAUCAGCAAAGAAAACCCCGGGAGACAAGAAGGUAAACAAGAGAAAUGACCGAGGAGAAACGUCCCUUCACAUGGCUGCCAAGCGUGGCGACAUCAAACAAACAAAGAAACUCAUUAAGGCUGGGGCCAAUGUGAAUGUCAAAGAUUACGCUGGCUGGACUCCACUACAUGAAGCCUGUAACCGGGGAAUGCUAUCGGUUGCCAAGCAGCUGAUGAAGGCUGGAGCCAACGUCAAUGUUCAGGGAUUCGAGAAUGAUACACCAUUACAUGAUGCAUCCGUCAAUGGUCAUCAAAAGCUUGUUGAAUUGUUAUUGAAACAUGGUGCUAAUCCGCUGCAGUUGAAUCUAAAGGGCAAGACGCCAGUGGACGUAGCUGCUUCACCAGAUCUGGAGAUUGUUCUGAGGAAAGAAAUCAUUUCUUCCAGCAGUGACAGCUCCAGCAUGGAUGACGCACGUUCGCCAACAUCACCUGAAAGUAUGUCAUCCGUGAAGGACGAAGAUUCCCGCACUGGAGAUGAAGAUGUGCAUCCUCACAGUUCUUUAAAGAGCGACACCUCAUCCAGCAGUAGACGAGUUCUCAUUCCUCAGUCUCCAGAGAAAACCACGUCACCUCUCCUCUGCAUCAAGUUCGAUGCGGAUAAAGGACAGCCACCUGUGCACAAAGUGCUGGACAAACCUCUUGUCAAACCGUACGACCUGACUGUGUUGACUGACGAGCCGGUGAAAAACAGUUCGCGCCACGGCAGCCCAGUGUCAAGCAUAUCGGACAGUGAACUGUACGAUCCCCAUCUGGACAGUUCGUACGUGUCAAGGGAGCCAACUCUUGACGAACAGUUGAGCUCCAGCAGUUGGCUGUAUGGCAAAGAACGCCACAUGGAUUCGGAGAUGGUGAGUGGUUCGGAGAAGGAACAAAAACACGAGCUAAAGGCUCAACAAACAAUGCCGUUCACCCCCCACCUGUAUGAUAGCAUGGGUGGAGGGGAGAACAGCAAACCUUUACAUGUCUCAGUCAGGAAUAGCUGUAGUAGUAGUGUAGAUGGUGGUCUCCAGAUACAGCAGCUACAGCAGCAGCAGCCACAGCCACAGCACAUUCCAAUGGAUUUAAACAGUAGUUCUGUUGGGAAUGGGACGUUGUUGCCAUCGUCCGGUUACGAUGGUGUUUCUCAGUACCCAGUGACAACGUGCACGAACAGUGGUAGUGUUAGUGGUAGUUACGCCAGCACCGCACCACACGGUGUAAGGACUCGUACGCAGAAUUCGCACAAGGGAGUUAAUAUUGUGACGACGUCGGAAGCUGGCGAUUCAUCAUCAUUAUCAUCAUCAUCAUCAGGGAUACCUCUGUUUUCUCACAAGAAUUCACAAAAGCAUGACGAUGGUCAUUAUGACAUUUUUAACCGACUGGGAGAUCAGUUGACCGCAGGGCAAGACGGACGCUUCUUGCCAAGGUCGUUCUCCCCAAAGACGAAAUCUAAUCAGGACAAUAAGGAGAGUUCUCCAUCACCCAAGAAUCACUCGCGACCUGUGUCCCCAAGGAUUCGAUCGGAAAGAACAGUUUCACCGAAUUCUAUGGAAUGUGAUUCUUGUGUGCAGUCUCCGAAAACCAAGGUUGAAAACGAAAGUAAGGAGAUUUACUCAGCUUCUCCUAAGGUUAGACUAGAAAAGGAUGGCCGAGAUGGCUGGCCUGCCUCCCCGAGGACUCGAUCAGACAGUAACAUAAGCAGGUCGGCCUCUCCUAAAACUCAGUUGGACAAGGAGAUUCGGUCUUCUUCACCCAAGACCAGAUCAGAAAGCCGUUCAUCAUCACCGAGGUUGAAAGCGGAACGCGAAAGCAGGCCUGUGUCGCCACGAUUCAAAAUGGAUCGUGAACAUCCAGAUAGCAGGUCGGUGUCACCAAGGUUACGAUCGGACCAACCCGUGUCGCCAAGGUUACGGUCAGACUGGCCCGUGUCGCCCAGGCUGAGGUCGGACCGACCCGUUUCACCACAGUUGAGAUCGGAUCAGCCAGUGUCACCGAGGUUAAGGCUGGACCGCGAAGCAAAGGACAGUAGGCCCGUCUCACCGAGACUGAGGUCUGACAGUAGACCCGUCUCGCCGAGAUUGAAAGACAGCAGAGACAGUCGGCCGUCCUCGCCAAGGCUGAUGAGGUUGGAUAGAGACAGCAGAGCAUGUUCUCCCAAGGUUCCGCCCUUGAGAAUCAUUCUGCCACCAAAGGCAACCUCGACAGUCACAAAGGAUGCCGACUGUCUUAAGCUGCUCCUCAACAAGCCAGCACUGCCUUAUGUUUUAAAUCCUACACAGGACCAGCAAGGGCAGGAGCAGGGGGGAGAGCAGGCGGAGAAUGCACAGACCGAUGCAGCAGCGAUGGCUCAGUCGGUGCUGCAGGCCGAUGCUGUGGUGUCAUCGGAAGAUGGGAAGAUGGCUGAAGGGGGUGCCCAGCUGAUGGAGCAGGAACAAAAUAAAGAUUCCAGUUCAAAGGAGGAGGGUGGUGCAGCAGGGGAGAAAGAAGAAACGACGGGUGAGGAGAAAGAGCGUCGUGUGACGCGGACGUUGAGAUCACAUACAGCAAUGAUGCAGCAGCAACAACAGCAACAACAUCAGCAGAAAGACCAGCAAUUUGCAGCUCCACAAAAACAGGAGAAAAACAACACCCCAGAUCCACCUAAUGUCCUGGCAGCACUGACAGUGGAGAGUGGAAUCACAACCCGCUCGCAGAAAGCUGACGAUGACGACUCGAGCGUGCACUCUCAGAAACGCAAACUGCGGCCCAAGUCUGACAGCACGUCAUCCACGGUUGAAGAACCGAUGUCACUGCCACCACCGCCAGCCAUGCCCUCUCACCUGUAUGAAAAACCACCUAAUCCCUUUGAGUUAUUCCUCGGUAUUAGAAAACAGAUUGCAGCCAAACAUGAUGGUCUCCGUCAGCACUCGAUUCAACCAAAGGCUCCCAAUGGAUACAAAGAUUACUUGAUGGUCACAUGUACUUACGUUCUUCAGGGAAACACUGCCAGCACGUUGUCCGUGCCAAUGCUAUCACCUCCAAAUUCUGUUACUGGUCCAAUGCGUGAUUUGUUUGAAGAACAGGAAAACUUGAGAUACAAGUUAAGACUUCAGCAUUUGAUAGAGAGGGAGAAACUGGUUCUGUCUAUUGAACAAGAGGUUUUGCGCGAGCAUGGUCGAGCUGCCCGAGCUUUGGCAAACCAGAGCAUUCCGUUCAGUGUUUGCAGCAUCCUCAAUGAUGAAGACAUAUACAACCUACAAGAAAUUGAGCAGGUGGAAACUAGAGACAAGAACGUCAGAUCGAGAUACAACGGACGUCAGUUCUUCUCCUGGCUGCAGGAUGUUGAAGACAAAUAUGAAAAAAUUAAGGAAUUUCUGCUGUCUCGCCACCACCAUGAGGCAGAGUCUCUGUACGCAGUUCAGAAGAUGGACUGGCAGUGGAAGAUGAAGGAGCUGAGUCUGUGUGACAGCAACACCACCCCCGACGUCGACGACUUGCACGUGCCCAUGGUGCACAUCAAUGAUGAGUUCGAACUCCUGCCAUCCUAGCACCGGCCACAGCAAUGUCAUCCCCUCCCCUCCCCGGGCAGGCUUGUUCACACCGGCGAGCAGUGCGACUGGUAUCCAGUUAGAAUGGCACAGGCUUCUCAGGCCGAGGGUUACCAGUCUAUGUUUUUACCAACCACAACGUUACAAGUCCGAAUCUUGUUGUCAGGAAGGGCUUUUUUUUUUCUUUUCUUUUUUCUCUUUUUUUUUCCUGCUUUUUUCUUUUUUAUUAAUUUGGAGGGGUGAGUAUUUUUUUCUCUUUUUUUUUUAUUAGUUUUUAAGUAUUUAAUUUCAUUUGAUUUGUUUGUUAUUUUGGGUUUUUUUACUUUAAUGGGUUGGGGUUUAUUUUCAUUUGCAAGAUUUUACUGGAGGGCUUGUGUCAGUGUAUCGUAGUAAUGAUUGCUUGUCAACUAGAGAUGGUAGUGUGGAUACAGUGUUAAAAAAAGGGCUUUGGUGAAAUGUGUUACCAAAUUAAUAGCGACAAUUACGGAGAUGCGUAAAAUAGGUCGGUGGAACACAGGAUGCUAGUGACAAGCUCGUAUUGACGAUAGUCAAAUAUAUUUCAGCUUGAACUAGUCAUGAUAAAAAUAAAAAAACUUGUAUUUCUGGCAGUUAAAUAGUGUUCUUAAUCCUUUACAACAUUUAGGAUGUGAUUCAAUUUUGCAAGAUUUGCAUCUAAAUGUAUAGACUGUUACCUGUUCAGAAAUUUUGCAUAUCAUGCAAGUCUGAUUUUCACUGACAUAGGGUGGAAACGGUGUCAUAUGACUUGUAUUCCACAAGACUGGUUUUGAUGUGCACAGUGUGUAACCAGUCUAUGUGGCUUGCAUGCCACUAUGAUUCCCACCACACACUUUUGUUCCCACAUUAACAGGGUGUGUUAUUAUAGUCAUUAAAGCACAAACCUAACAAUGUUUAUCCCAAGAUAGAUAUGUUUGUGAAAGUAGACGUUUUAUUAAAGGUGUAUUUGUAGCACCAUACGUUGAUAUCUAAUGGCAUUUCGAAAAUAGAUCAGGCAUAUACUAAAAAUAACUGACUUACUGUUAGAUUCUUGAUUUGCAUCUCAGAAAUUUGUAUAAAACCUUGAUAUUUUAUCUUACCUCAGAAUUAUGCCACAAAUUUUUGUAUAAAUUUUUGGGGCUAUUUUUUUUGUUAUAUGAUGAAAACCUUAUAAUAACCUGGCUUUACAUGACUCGGCAAAAUUCUUCCAACUUUGUCCCAGGACAUUUUAAUUUUUGUUACAACAGACCUCAUGAUGAAAAAUAUUGAGGGGGAGUGAUUAAUUGCUCCCCUACCACCCUGGGUGGUGUCGUGAUAUAAGGCUGGUUGGUACAGGGUUCACAGCCCGGUACUGGCUCUCACCCAGAGCGAGUUUUAACGAAUCAAUGGGUAGGUAUAAGACCACAACACCCUCUUCUCUCUCACUAACCAACUAACCCACUGUCCUGGAUAGACAGCCCAGAUAGCUGAGGUGUGUGCCCAGGACAGCGUGCUUGAACCUUAGUUGGAUAUAAGCAUGGAAAUAAAUUGAAGAAAGAAAGAAAUCACUCCCCAUACUUAGAAUAUGGAGAGCCAUUUAAUUUAUUAACAUAUUGGGCAUUGAUAUUUAAUUGUUUAAUAGUACACUUUUUAAUUAUUAUUCACAUGCUAAGGGGAGUCAAAAAUUACUCUUUUUGAACAUGUACCAGGAGACUGAUAGCUUCACUUAAACAUCAAGGUCUGUAUUUAGAAACUUAAACAACAAGGUCUGUAUUUAGAAACUUAAACAUCAAGGUUUGUCACAGAGUGUUCUGUGUUAACGUACGACGAUUUCGGAAUAGCCUUUUAGACAGUUAACCUUUAAACUUGCAGUAUCUGUGGUUAGAAAUUACUUACAAAUGAGUUCUAGGAGACAUUUAUAACAGACAAGAGUUAAAUCAAGGAUUUAUAUUACCGGUAAUGGCUAUACUUAAGGCAGACUUUGGUAGUUUAACCCAUUUGCCAAACUAAAAUUUGUGUGUAAUAUAUUGAAAAUAAGUAUAGUAUUGAAUAUAAAACAUUGACCAAAAAAUGUGUAAUGGUCCUUUUGUGGUGUAUUAUGUACAUGAAGUAACAAUAUAGGCAUAUCUUUGUGAAAGUCUUUAGGGAUGUUUGUAUACACUAAUUUUCUUUCAGUACUUAAGACAAUAAACUCUGGGUUAGAUGCCGGUUAGCCCAUUCUUCUGUUGUCAUAAAUAUUUCAUAGAAUUAAAAAAAAAAAAUGGAGAAAUUUUCUACUGUGUUAAAUGGAAAAAUAAACUGUCUUAUGUUGGUGUGUUUAACACACGCACCCCUGACCCAAAGGGAUCACAAGAUCCCCUGUUGAAGUACCUAUACAAAGGUAUGUGUUGUUACGGUGUAUUAUGUUGAGGAUGUAAAUAUGUGCCUCGUAUGGAACUUCGCUCAUGUACAUGUGUUAGUCAAAUUGUAUAUAGGAUCAUUACAAAUGCUUAUUUUAGGCAUUUAACCACACCGUCUGUGUUUAUGCUCAAAACGUUAAAACAGUUUGCUUGUCCAUUUCCUUUUAGUUUUUUUUUCUUUCUGUACCAGUCCUGUAGUAUUGUCGACCCUUGAUCUACAGAAUGUUUUUUGAUCUGAUUCUUCAAAUACUGUGGAAUCGUUCAUUUUCAUUGGGUCCCUUUUUUUUCUUUCUUUUUGUUGUUGCUUUAAGUAGCUGUUUGUUGUUAAUACACAGAGUAAAAUAUUUCAAGAAAUUAUAGGUUUCUAAAACACUAAAUUACACAUUUUUACUUAAAUUCUCAAUUUUGGCAAAUCCGACAUGUUUGUGGUCGACCUGCUGUUUUCAGAAGAUCCAAUUGCAUUUAAUGCCAGACAGUAAAAAUGUCUGUUUCUUUUGUUUAACGACAUCACUAGGGCACAUCGAUUUGUUAAUCAUCGGCUAUUGGAUGUCAAACAUUUGGUCAUUUUGACAUAUAGUCAACAUUUUUUCAUUAGUAGCAAGGGAUCUUUUAUAUGCACCAUCCCACAGACAGGAUAGCUCCUGGGUCCAGAUUUUCGAAGACAUCUUAGUGCAACGAUAUCGUAAAACCAUUGUAUGCCAUGACGUCACUGUAGCACGUCAUAGUGAAGUCAUAGAUUAAAAUGGCUUUACUCUAAGAUAGAAUUUAUUUGUUUUGUUUAACAACACCACUAGAGCAUAUUCAUUUAUUAAUUGGCUAUUGAAUGUCAAACAUUUGGUAAUAUCGACAUAAAGUCAACAUUUUUUCAUUAGUAGCAAGGGAUCUUUUAUAUGCACCAUCCCACAGACAGGAUAGCACAUACCACAGCCUUUGAUAUACCAGUCGUGGUGCACUGGCUGGAACGAGAAGUAAACCAGAUGGUUAAAUACCUUGGAAAUUAUGUCAGUGACUUUAAAUACUUUACCGAAUUUGCUUGAUAAACUGGAAAGAAAUUGAUAUCCAAUACAAACUACUUGCUGAGACCAAUAUUUAGUUAAAGUGACAGACCCUAGUUUUUAAACACCGACAUAUUUCUUACAAUUAGAGCCAGUGUUUUGUGGGUGAGUUGUGAUUUUUGGAGGUUGUAUAUUUUUUUUUUUUUUUUUUUUUUUUUUUUUUUGUGGUUAAUUGAAAUUAGAUAUUAAGUGCAUUUUGUUGUUUAGGUUAUCUAUUUCCAUACAUCAAAGGUGUUUCUGUCAUCUAGGUGUCUGUAAUACCACAAAAUGUAAUUUUUUAAAUUAUUUUUAUUUAUUUUUUGUAAUUCUAAAAAAGUACAUAGGUCUGAGAAUUAAAAUUUAUGGAUAUGAGCUCUUGUCUGUUUUUAGAGGUUAUUUCUCUUCUUAACAUCACAUACUCUUGUAUCACACUAUUGUAACUUUAUCCACAUGUGUUACAGGUUUUUAGAUUAACUAAACUUAGUGUACUUUUCAUGGGUUAAAACUAGGUUUUGCAACUUUAAUUAAGUGACACUGUUCUACUUGGUCUGUUUAAUCAGUACACUAUUAUUAUUAUUAUCAUUUCUUUCAUUGUCACCUUGUUUUUUUUAGGUAUUAUAAAAAUAUUGGUACCCAUUGAAAUAAAUGAAUCCACAAUAUUGAAUAUUUCACACACAAGAAAACAAAAACAAUCUUGUCUUAGAUAACAAAAAAUUCCUUUCCCAUUAAAACAUAGAUCAUAUUGUCUGGUUUUUAAUGACUAUUAAUAUUGUUUGUGAAUAAUAAAACAAACUUCUGUA